CCCUCAUUGGCUCCUCUGCGCAGUCUGGAGUAAGUUGGAUGUGCGCUCCUCUCACUCGCAUCCCGCAGCCGCCUCAAAAACUGUUGCGAUGGGGAGGACCAGGAAAAAUCACUUCGGGGUUUUGACUUUUUCCUUAUUAGUGACUUUCGUCUGGGCUCAAAGCGUCAAGGAUAUCAAAGAUCCGAGCAAUAUGCCUCUGGUCAAAGAAACAGUGGACAGGCUGAUGAAAGGAUACGACAUUCGGCUCAGGCCGGAUUUCGGAGGUGCGCCGGUGGCUGUGGGGAUGAAUAUAGACAUCGCCAGCAUAGACAUGGUCUCUGAAGUCAAUAUGGACUACACUUUGACUAUGUACUUCCAACAAGCAUGGCGGGACAAGCGUCUGUCCUAUUCUGAGAUUGCCUACAAUUUGACUCUGGAUAAUCGAGUGGCAGACCAGCUCUGGGUCCCAGACACCUACUUCCUAAAUGACAAAAAGUCAUUUGUUCAUGGAGUCACAGUCAAGAACCGGAUGAUCCGCCUCCACCCUGAUGGAACGGUUCUUUAUGGACUCAGGAUCACCACCACUGCAGCCUGUAUGAUGGACCUGCGCCGCUACCCUCUAGAUGAACAAAACUGCACCCUGGAGAUCGAGAGCUAUGGCUACACCACAGAUGAUAUUGAGUUCUACUGGCGAGGUGGAGAUGGCGCAGUAUCCGGCGUGGACAGAAUAGAGCUGCCCCAGUUCUCGAUUGUUGACUAUAAGCUCAUCUCCAAAAAUGUGGUUUUCUCUACAGGUUCCUACCCCCGCCUGUCCCUCAGCUUCAAACUGAAGAGGAACAUUGGUUACUUCAUCCUCCAAACAUACAUGCCUUCCAUCCUGAUUACCAUUCUCUCCUGGGUCUCCUUCUGGAUCAACUACGAUGCCUCGGCUGCCAGAGUGGCUCUAGGUAUCACCACGGUGCUGACCAUGACCACCAUCAACACCCACUUGCGUGAGACACUGCCUAAGAUCCCCUACGUGAAGGCUAUUGACAUGUACCUGAUGGGCUGCUUUGUGUUUGUCUUCCUGGCCCUGCUGGAGUACGCCUUCGUCAACUACAUCUUCUUCGGCCAGGGCCCACAGAGGCAGAAGAAGGCAGCAGAGAAAGCGGCCACGGCCAACAACGAGAAGCUGAGACCCGACCCUAACAAGUGGCUGGUGGGAAAUGUAGUUCAGAGAGAUGAUGCUCUGUAUGCCAGAAUGAAACAGAGGGAAAUUGACGCAUAUGACUCGAUGUGGGAUCCCAUCUUUGUGGACGAUGCCGCUUUAGGACUAGGCGAGCAAAGAAAUAAGAUGACCCCUGAUGACAACAUCCUGUUCAGCACCCUGGAGAUGAAGAAUGAAAUGGGGGGUGCUGGAGAUCUGUCUCGGGGUCUCGGAGCACCCGGGGACCCCCGCAACACCAUGCUGGCGUAUGAUAGCUCGACGCUGCAAUAUCGGAGGGCAGCCAUGGCCCGCCAGAACUAUGGUCAUAGCGCCUUGGAGCGCCAUGCCCAGAAGAAGUCGCGCCUACGGAGAAGGGCCUCCCAGCUCAAAGUGAACAUCCCAGAUCUGUCCGACGUGAACUCUAUCGAUAAGUGGUCCAGGAUGAUCUUCCCCACUGUCUUCUCCUUCUUCAACGUGGUCUACUGGCUCUACUACGUUCAUUAAGGCGGCCAGCUUGUGGCGCAAAUGCAAAGUGGGGGGGAACGGAGGGGGGGAUUUAGGGAUAUAAUCAAGAAUGAAAGAUGAGUGCUAAUGAGUGAGAGAGUGAAUAAAUGAUAAACAGUUCACCAACUUUUUAGGUGGAUUGUUUUAGAAAACGCAAUGAGAACGCAAAGACUUUCAGACGGACUGCAGCAGCACCCAACACUUCAGUCAGCACUGACUCUUUAGGAUGGGAAAACACUUUAACAACAACCGAUGAAAAACUCUAAAAAGAAGAUUGAAAAGACAGAAAUGGUGCCUGUUCCAGAAUUUCAAUAUAUCACUAAUAUUUGUCAUUCGUAGCUUACUCUCUGUGGAGCAAAUAUUUAUGCUUGUGUUUUGCAUAUAGUUUAAGGAUUUGUUUUGUUAAGUAUCUAUUUACUUCGUAGCCGAGCUGUCUGCAAUUGCGAAAGCUUUAUAAAUGAUUUUAAAGGAGCCAUCCUUUAAUAGUCUAUUUUCCUAUAAUUACUGUAUAUCAGAAAUAUUCUUUAAAAACAAAAAAAAGCAUGAUUACGUUUCAUUUCCUUUCAGUCGCGAUGACGACGACACGCAACGCAUUUUAGUUUUAGUAGCUGAGGUUAUCCCGCACUGCUUCCCAUGUUGCAUCACCCUUGUACUCGCAGCUUUGGCGUCACGUCGUCGGACCUCUUGGACGGACGGUUGGAGAAUUGUUGGGUGACAACAAGUUGCAGGCAGGGGGCGCUCUGUUCUCCAGACAUUCCUUUGCAGCUUCAGUGGCACCAUUGCAGAAAAGAGCGAGUUUCAUUCUAUUAUUGGACUAUCGAGCAGAACUUUGGACACUUUAAUCAACUUUAUGAUUUGCUGACAGAAUCAAGUGUUUGUCACUUUCUUGUCUCAUGUCACUUUUGUUUGUACUUUCUGCCAUGGCGUGAGGUGCUUUUGAAGGCAGAGAAUGACUUUAACAUUGCUUUCAGCCGGUGUUAUGGACUUUGCAGAUAGAUGAGCUGAGUUUAAGCCCUUUCGUUGCAAAAAGAGUUGCUGCAUAAAUACGGCAAAAUCCACAAUCACCAUUAUCUGUAGAACCAAAUGAUAGACGUAUGACGCAUUCCAUUGUAAUUAGGUUUCUGUUUUGAGAAAAAAAAAAAUGUAGAUAGACAUAAAUCAUGUUUAAAGUAAAAAGAGAUGAUUCAUUUUAUAAAUCAAUAUAUUAUCUGUAAAUAUUAUGAAUUAAUUCUAUUUAAAUGGGUCUCUGUUUAUGUUUUUGCAGUUAAAUCAAAUGUUUUAUUCAGUUAAAGAGAAAAAAGCAAUUGAAAA